AUCACUUUGAUAGUUAAAGUACCUACACACAUAUGUGCAUGUGCGUGUGUGUGCGCGUCUAGUUAUUGUUUCGUUUAAAUACUUUGCAUAUUGUAAAAGAAAUGAUGUGCGAAAUUUAGCAGAUCUAAAGGAAGCGAAGCGAAGUAAAGUGAAGUUUCUUAUUCUGAGAGCUGGUUGCAGUUAACGGAUAACGCACCAUGUUACGAAUACGCUACCUGAUAAUUGUCAUGUUCACCUGCCAGGCCUUGGCUGCGGAUAUCCUCAUGGCCACGAUGGGUGGCACCAAAUCACACAAGAUACCAUUCUGGGAACUGGCCAAAGGCUUAAUCAGCAGGGGCCACAAUAUCACGUUUCUCAGUGGAUUUCCAGCAGAUUUUCAUAUCGAAGGUCUGCAUGAGGUGACGCCAGCUAGUCUGGUUGAGUAUAUACAAAACUAUACGAAUUGGGAUCUAUUGGGUGCCAGAAUGAAUGGCGAAAUGCCCAUUAAGCCCUGGGAUGGACUGCGCUAUGCCUUCGAGUCCUGUGAUGCCAUGUUGGGUGAUGCGGAAACUAAGGAUCUAGCGAAUCGAACCUUUGAUCUGGCUAUAUUAGACGGCGCAUACCCUGAGUGCCUGCAGGGUCUAACACACCUGUAUAAGAUACCAUUUAUGUAUAUAAACACAGUUGGCUUCUACACGGGCAGCUUAUCGCUAGCUGGAAAUCCUGCCAGCUAUGCAAUAACUCCCAACUUCUACUCUAGUUUCACGGAUCAAAUGAGUCUCUACGAAAGAGCUCUGAAUACUGGCAUGCAAAUCGGUCAGAAUAUAUUGCACAGCUAUGUGAUGCGUCGCACUCAUCGCAUUAUGCGCGAUCACUUGGGUGCGCAUAUACCCCAUCCGUACGAUAUGUCACGCAACGUGAGCUUCAUUCUACAGAAUGGACACGCCGUUGUGUCAUAUCCCCGUGCACUGAAUCCAAAUGUGGCAGAGGUGGCUUGCAUCCAUUGCAAGCCAGCACGACCCUUGCCCAAGGAUUUGGAUGACUUCAUUUCGGCAUCGGGUGCUUCGGGCUUCAUCUAUGUAUCGAUGGGUUCAUCUGUGAAGGCUGCCAAUAUGCCGGAGUCACUGCGUCGCAUGCUGGUCAAGACUUUCGCACGCCUGCCCUACAAUGUGCUGUGGAAGUACGAGGGCAGUGCAGCCGAUAUGCAUGAUCUAACUCCCAAUGUGAAGCUUUCACGCUGGCUCCCACAGCAGGAUAUCCUCGGACAUAGUCAGCUGCGAGCCUUCAUAACCCAUGGAGGUUUGUUGAGCAUGUUCGAGACGGUCUACCAUGGGGUGCCGGUGGUUACAAUGCCCGUGUUCUGUGAUCACGAUGUCAAUUCGGCCAAGGCCGAGGUUGAUGGCUAUGCUAUAAAGCUAGACCUGGAGACGCUGUCCACAAAUCAGCUCUACAAGUCCAUCAUGAAGGUCAUCCACGAUCCGCGCUACAGAAACGCAGCCAGAUAUCGACAGAAUCUGCUGCUAGAUCAGCGAUCCACGGCCCUUGACACAGCCAUCUACUGGACCGAAUACGUGCUGCGGCACAACGGAGCUUAUCAUCUACAAACUCCAGCGCGAAACAUGGGCUGGUGGCAGUACUACCUGAUGGAUGUGGUGGGCCUCUAUUUGCUGGCGAUUUGUGCUCUGAUAUUAAUUCUAAGGCGCUUGGAUAUUCGAUCUGAGAAGGUGCGCAAUCAGCACUAUCCCAACCUAAUACCAGCAACCAAAAGGAAGUCCAAAAAAAUAUAAAUUCGGCACAGAAAUCACUAAUGCUAUCUAACAUCCUUAACGUUUUGGACAUGUUUGAAUUA